AUGUCAAGCGAGUCACUCACAAAGUGGAUUUCGAAAUCCAAGGUUAGCACAGUGCUGAACAAGGAUGUGAAAACCUACGGUCGCAACAACCUCUUUGACGACAACACCGAGACCUGUUGGAACUCCGAACAGGGCACGCCACAAUGGAUAAUGGUCGAGUUCACAGCUCCAGUACAACUCCACAGCAUCCAUAUGCAGUUCCAAGGCGGGUUCGCGGGCAAAUCCACACAACUAUUUGAUAUGAUGGCCACUGGGGUACCGCAGUCAGAGCUCGUGUGCCCGCUGCACGUGGAGGACAAUAACAGAGUGCAGGAGUUUGUGCUGCCGCAGCAGGAGCAGGGUCGGGCGCGCAGGCGCGUUAAGGUUGUGUUUGGCGAGAGCACGGAUUUCUACGGCCGCAUUGUCGUGUAUUCAAUGAACUUUAUGGGCCGAGUGCUUGACCACAGUGCCGUGGCAGCAGUCGAUGACAGCAGCGUCGGUGCUUCGGGCGUGGCGGCCGACAUGGUGAUAGUCUAG